AUGCCUUCUGCACAGAAAGCCAAUGACACGGAUCUUGUCGUGUUUGACUGUACUGAGGACGUGGAGCAUUUUCUCGACACAGUUAGCGCAGAGACCAUCCUGGUCGGCCAUUCCACAGAGAGCGAUCUGCACGUGAUCUGGGCCGUCCAUCUGCGCGUGAUCGGCACCAGAUUACCUUGGGAGGACCAUACAGGCUGGCUGGUGGGCAGGGAGGGGCGGGGAGGGAGGGGACAGAGAGGGGGGAUGAGAGGGGGGGUGAGAGGGGGAGGAUGGUCGUUUCACAGGGGGGGUGUUGGUGCUGGUAGUGGUGGUGCUGAAGGUGCCGCUUCUUCUUCUUCUUCUGCAGCAGCUGCUGCUGCUGGUGCGGCGAGGGCGGCAGUGGCUGCAGCGGGUGCUGCAAGUGGUUACCACAGGAAUAACUUGGCAACCAAGCUCCACCACGCGGAGAACAUUCUCGCGCGCCUCUUUGCCUCCGGGCGCCACUGCACCCUCACGCCCCGUCCUUUUGCCCCCUUGCAUCCCCUCUCCCUCUUAGGUCCCCACUUCGGCCUGCCUCGAAGGGCGUCCAAGCUCCACCACACUGAGAACAUUCUCACGCGCCUCUCUGCCUCCGGGCGGCACUGCACCGUCGUGCUGCACGCGCAAGCUGCCAGGCCGGACCUCUUUCUGGGCGGCAACUCCAACUCCACGUCAGAGAUUUUGUGCCUCAAGCACGGGGACUUGGGCAAGGUUGCGAGAAGAGAGGCGUGCAAGCCAUCAGUCAACCUCCUAGCAGCCACCUUCCCCUCCCUCAUGGCCUCACUCUCCGCCCGCUGCUCCUCCCUUGCCGCCAUGCCUCGACUCGCCACUGCCCUUGCUUCCGAACCUGCCUCCGAACCUUGUGGGGCAGGUGCACGAGUCUCUUCCGGCCAACACGCUGCUGCUCAUCCUGAAGGGGUGCGGCGACACGCCAGCUGUCAGACGCAUGAUGGAGUGGCGGUGGAAGCGGCGGCGGUGGAAGCGGCAGCAGUGGAGGAGCACGGCAUGAUGGAGUGGCAGUGGAAGCGGCAGCAGUGGAGGAGCACGGGUAUGGAGCCCUGGGACGAGCACCUCGAUGCCCUCUUGAACUGA